AUGCAUUCAUUCGUUCCCGUUGCCGUCGCCGCUCUGGCCCCAUUCGCUGCUGCCAGCGCUGUUCUUCCUGAGUUCCUGGACUUCUCUGUCUUGAUCUCUCGUCAGGCGCCUGGCACUCCUGCCUACGAGUGCCACUCUGACUGUGGAAACGUAAUUGUCGGUGCCCGUACUGAUGGUUACUGCGAUGAUGCGACCUGGCAGGAUGAGUUCCAGGGCUGCAUGGAGUGUGCCUACACCUAUGACAUCUGGCAGUACUACGGGACCAGUGUGACAUCCGCCGCAGAGGCUUGUGGCCUGGCUGUCAACCCAUCUCCCUCUGGCUCUGCCGCCACCUCUACCGCGGCUGCCGAGACCACCACCAGCGCUGCGGCUGCCACUACGACCGCUGCUGAGGAGACUACCACCACGGCCGCUGCUACGACUGCGGUUGAGACAACUUCCACCCCCGAGGAGACCACCGCUGUUGCCUCUACUGAGUCUGCCGUCGUCUCUUCUACUGCCUCAUCUGCUGCUUCUGAGGUUCCCUCCACCACCAGCGCUGGCAGUGUCGGAACUAGCUCUGCAGUUUCUUCCGCGAGCGCGACCUCCACGCUUGUCACCGUUUCUGGCGCCUCCAAGCAGGGUCUGGCGAUUGCCUUUGGCGCUCUGGCUUCCGCCAUCACCGCCGCUCUUCUCAUGUAA